GGUCAUGGGAACCACUCUGGGAGAACUGGAAAAUCCAGUUGCUGGGUCUCUUGGUGCCCCCCACACCAGUGCUGAGGGCCCAGGUAAAGAGUGGCUGUUUCCAUUUCCCUUCUGCUGUGGGAGAAGUGAGGUAGCCACAAUGGGGUCUUCGAUGCCCCUCUUCUUCCUCCUGGCUCUCCUCGACAUCUCACAUGUAUCAGGACCAAAGGUUAUUCUGAAAGUAAAGCUGGCAGAGGUUUUCCAGCCCACGGCCUCCCAGGACUCCAGCUUUCUGGGCAUGCUCCAAAAGAUCUGCCUCCUCCUCCACCUCCCAUCGGGGACCAACAUGACCCUCCAUCACAAGGGGCCACCACACCAUCUCACCUGCAGAACCUGAGGGCAGCUGAAUUCAGCUUUCAGCUUUGGGGAGUGGGUAACGGAAGUGAGCCGGCCUUGACCUAGCAGGCCCUCGCCGUACCACAUGCUAAUAAACAGGU